UUUGAACAUUGCAGGUGGCGAGUGCCAUGAUGAUGAUGGCCAACAUGGCAUGAUCGUUGAUGGGAUCAACAUACACCCUCUUGCGUUUUCCCCCUCGAAGCCAUGCCCGUCUACCAAAUGGUCUGCAUUGCUGCCCACUUCCCUGAUUUUAAACAUAUAUCCGGCCUCGUCAAGCAGACAGCCACACACGUCCUCCAAGCAGGAGGUGUAGUGCGUAAAAUCGACUCGCUAGGGACGAAGCAGCUACCACAGCGCAUGAGGCGGCAUGGUAACUACCACCACACGGCAGACUACUGGGCCAUGCACUUCGACACCUCUCCUCGCGUACUAUCGUCCCUGAACGCUCUCAUGCGACGAGACCCGCGUGUGAUUCGAUGGACUGUUCUGAAGACAAGUGGGUCGCGGGUGGAGGAUGUAGCAACCGAGGGUCGACGAGUGAUAUACGGGAACACAUUAGACCAGAUGGAGGACUAGACCAACCAUGAAGUACAUUCCCUCCUCGGCCCAUCUUUUCUCUUGUGCAUUUCGAACUGUCCUACCGCAACACCCUAUCCAGAACCUGCUGCAGACUAUCAACCACUGCGACCGAGCUGUUGACGACAUCUCCGUUCCUGGGACCCUCCUCCGCUCCCGGUCUUCGCAGCAGCAAUGCUUCCAUUCCUGCGUUCCUGGCUCCAUCGUAGUCACUGUGAAACUGAGUCUGCCGACCCAUGAGGGCACAACGCACGUCGCACCUAUCCAGCUCGUCUCCGACAUGCAGGCAUUCGUCAGCCCGUAUCGGCCGCCCCAGCUCGCUGUUCACGCGUUGAAGCAGUUGCGCAUAGAUGGCUGGGUCCGGCUUCGACAGUCCCGAACCGUCACAGAUCAGGAUGGGCUUCACGUAUGUCGGGAAUCCGAGAUCCUCGAGUACAGCAUCUACCAUAUCCUUGAGCCCACUCGAAUCCCUGCCUGAGAAAGUGGCAAGCGUACACAUGCGGUCAUCUGCGUUGCUCACCACAGCAGUAAGGAUACCCUCAGCAUUUAACCUGUUCACUGGACAGCGUGAGCCUUUCUGAAACGUGAC